CCAUUUCCGCUUCCGGACAGUAGGUGGCGGAAUUUCACCUCAAACGUUGGACGGCACGAAGAAGAAAAACCGGAAGUAAAAGAGCUCAAAAGCAGUGUUUGCUAGGUUAGCUAAAUGUUCGCGUAGUUGUAAGAACUUAAAACAAAAAUGUUUCACGGUGCAUUUAAGUAGUUUUUUUUUUUGUUUGUAUCUUUUUUGUAAAAAAAAAAUAGGGGAGGCUCUCUUUCUCAAAAAAUGUCAGAAAGGAAACGAAAGUCCGAGAAAGGGGAAAGACGAGAGCACAAGAAACACAAGGAUUCUAAACAUGAUUUGGAAACACUCAAGACACAAACGAAAAAACUCACCCAGGAGGUCCAAAAAUUGAAGCACAUCGAGACUUUCUAUGAAAAGCCUCCACCAGGAUUUAUUAAGGAGCAUGAGGAGAAACCAGAGGAUUGUAUUCCUGCAGAACCAGGAAAUGAAGAAGCUAGAAGUUUCCUUGCGAACGCUCCAACCAGGGGACUAUGGAUGCCUCUUGGUAAAGAGGUUAAGGUGAUGCAGUGCUGGAGAUGUAAGCGCUAUGGUCACCGGACAGGAGACAAAGAAUGUCCAUUUUUUAUUAAAGGAAAUCAAAAGCUGGAGCAGUUUAGAGUGGCACACGAAGACCCCAUGUACGACUUAAUUCGGGAAAAUAAAAGAAACGAAAAAGAAACCAGGAUCCAGCAGUUACAGCAACUGCUUCAAGACACAACUUCCUCCUCUGACUCAGACAGCUCUUCCUCCUCCUCUUCGUCCGACCACCACCGAAGCAAAAAGAGGAAAAAGAAGGACAAGAAGAAGAA